UUUUAGAACAUUACAUUACUUUAAAUAAAAUUAACCAUGGAAACUGUAAAUGGAAGUAUUGAUUCAAUAGCCCCUGAAGUAAAGAUUGAAGCAGAGAAACUUAAAGAUGAAGCAAACAACUUUUUUAGAGAUGGUAAGUAUGAUAAAUCUGUUGAAUUCUACACAAAAGCAAUAGAACUCAAUCCAUAUGUAGCAGCUUAUUAUGGUAAUAGGAGUUUUUCAAAUAUUAAGCUUGAAUGCUUUGGAUCUGCACUUGAAGAUGCAAAUCAGGCAAUCAAAAUUGAUCGAAAGUAUAUAAAAGGUUAUUAUAGACGUGCAUCUGCUUAUAUGGCUUUAGGAAAGUUCAAGUUAAGUUUAAAAGAUUAUGAAGCGGUUGCUAAAGCUUGUCCAAACGAUAAAGAUGCUCGUUUAAAAUACAAUGAAUGUAAAAAGAUAGUUCACCAGCAUGCAUUUGCAAAAGCUAUUAAAAUUGAUGAUCAGAAAUCAAUCAUUGAAAGCUUGGAUAUUGAGUCUAUGGCUAUUGAAUCAGAAUACACUGGCCCAAUUUUGAAGGAUGGAAAAACUGUUACAGUAGAGUUUAUGGAUGAGUUAAUUAUUCAACUCAAAGAUCAAAAGAAACUACAUAAAAAAUAUGCUUUUCAAAUUUUGAUAGAUAUUAAAUCUUAUUUCGAAAAACAACCAUCAUUGGUGGAAAUCAAUAUUCCUGAGAAUGAAAAACUUACAGUUUGUGGUGAUAUUCAUGGUCAGUUUUAUGAUUUACUUAAUAUCUUUAAAAUUAAUGGAUAUCCUUCAGAAAAAAAUCCUUAUCUUUUUAAUGGGGAUUUUGUUGAUCGUGGUUCAUUUUCUGUUGAAGUCAUCUUAGUUUUAUUUAGUUACAAGCUACUUUACCCAAAUCACUUUUUCAUGGCUAGAGGCAACCACGAAAGUGCCACCAUGAAUCAAAUGUAUGGGUUUGAGGGUGAAGUAAAAGAAAAAUAUUCUGCAAAGAUGGCAGAUUUAUUUACUGAAGUUUACAAUCUUCUUCCUUUGUCACAUUUAAUAAAUAAAAAAGUUCUGACUAUGCAUGGUGGACUGUUUAGCAACGAUAAUGUAACUCUAGAAGAUAUUAAAAACGUAGAUAGAAAUAGACAACCUCCAGACUCAGGAAUAAUGUGUGAAUUACUUUGGUCUGAUCCACAACCACAGAUGGGUAGAUCUCCAAGUAAACGAGGUGUUGGGUGCUCUUUUGGUCCAGAUGUAACAAAAGCAUUUUGUAAAAAAAAUAACUUAGAAUAUAUAAUUAGAAGUCAUGAAGUUAAACCAGAAGGUUAUGAAGUAAUGCAUGAUGGAAAAUGCAUAACUGUGUUUUCUGCACCAAAUUACUGUGAUCAAAUGGGAAAUAAAGGUGCAUUUAUUACCUUGAGAACUGAUCUAAAACCUGUUUUCACAACAUACGAAGCAGUGCCCCAUCCUGCAGUGAAACCCAUGGCUUAUGCUAAUAACAUGAUGUCCAUGUUUGGCCUAAUGUAACUUACUAGACAACAUGAAAAUGUGAUGGCGUGGAUCAAUUAAAUGUAAUGUAAUUAACUCAACUUGGUCAGAAUGAUGUUGAGAAAUAUUUCUCUGUUAGAGAAUAAUUGGAUUAAAAAAGUCUUUGUACUUGUUUCCAAAUUUUAACAUAAACUAUUUUGAUAUGUAUUGGUGUAUACUUUUUGAUAAAAUCUGCUUCUAGGAA